AUGUCUGAAGUAAUCGAUGACGAGGGUUCCCUCACUCUUGUGAGCAAUGAUGGGUUUCAGUUCGUUCUGCCCAAAAAAUGCGCCUUCGCGUCGAAGACAAUAAGGAAUAUGUUCAACAAAAACAGUGGAUAUAUCGAAGCUAAAGAGAACUGCGUAAAAUUCGAGGAUAUGCGCGGUGCCGUUUUAGAGAAAGUCUGCGAGUACUUUAUUUACAAACACAAGUACUCGGGGUAUAGCGGACAAGUUCCGGAAUUUCAGAUCCCGGCGGAAAUGGGAUUGGAAUUAUUGACCAUUGCCGACUUUUUGGAGACUUGA